UUCUGAGGCACCUGUGCCCUGCACUCAGUAGGGGACUGGCUGGCCUGGGAAUGGUCCCCCACGGUUGAAGCAGCCAGGGGUAUGGAUUCAUCCACCUGCCCCAGAAGACACUGGGAGUUCAAGAAGCAGCAGUCAUGCCAGCAGGAGGCAGAGAACCACCUGAGGCCCCAGGAAAGGUUUGCAGCUGGAGAAGCCAAGCAAAGUUGCACGGAGGAUGACAAGGAAGAGUUGCAAUUGAAAGACAUCAGGGAUGGAUUCAGCUCUACCUUUGAAAAAAUUGUGGAGUCCGACCUUAUGAAGGGCACGUACUACAGCAGCCUGGACUCCCUGGACGUGCUCUCCCUCACGGAUGAGACAGACAGCUGUGUCAGUUUUGAGGCUCCGCUCACUCCGCUGAUUCAGCAAAGGGUCAAGGAAAGUCCUGAACUGUUAGAACAGAAACUGGUUGCCCAGCAGAAAGGAGCCCUGCAACACAUGGCGGCAGAGAAGCAAGAGCAGGCAGCCGCGAAGCCAGCAGAGGAGGAUUUGGGGAGCCCUCUGAGGCACUCGAUUACCAGCAGCAGGUCGGAGAAUGUGCUCAGCCGGUUAUCCUUGAAAAAUAUCCCUAAUGGAUUCCACAUUGAUGGAGCUGAGGAAGACGCCUUGAAGCUUAUUAACUCCAUCAGUGAUGCCAGCUUAAAAGACACUCUUUCCGACUCGGACUCUGACAUGGGCAGCACUGAACAGCUUGACCAUGGCAGCACAGACACAUUAGCAAAUGGCUGCAAGGCAGAUAGUGAUGCUGCCAAGAGACUGGCCAAGCGCCUCUAUCACCUUGAAGGAUUCAAGCGCUGUGAUGUGGCACGCCAGCUUGGGAAAAACAAUGAAUUUAGCAAGUUGGUAGCAGAAGAAUAUCUCAGUUUCUUUGACUUCACUGGGCUCACCCUGGACAAAGCACUCAGAACGUUCUUGAAAGCAUUCCCUCUGAUGGGAGAGACGCAGGAACGGGAGCGUGUGCUGAUCCAUUUCUCCCGGAGGUACUGCCAGUGCAACCCAGAAGAGAGCACGUCGGAAGAUGGGAUUCAUACACUGACCUGUGCCCUGAUGCUGCUAAACACAGAUCUUCAUGGCCAUAAUAUUGGAAAGAAGAUGUCAUGCCAACAAUUUAUAGCAAACCUGGAUGGCUUAAAUGAUGGGAAGGACUUUGCAAAGGAUCUGCUGAAGACACUGUAUAACUCAAUCAAAAAUGAGAAGCUGGAGUGGGCCAUGUUUUCUCUGGGUUUCUUUCCAAGUGAUGAGGAUGAGCUGAGAAAAUCGCUGUCGGAACUCGUGGACGACAAACUAGGAGCCAGUGCAAAGAAAGUGACGCGGAUCGUAGACGGCAGCAAUCCUUUCCUGGACAUUCCCCAGGCCCUGAAUGCAAUUACCUAUAAGCACGGCGUCCUCACCCGGAAAACCCAUGCUGAUACAGAUGGGAAGAGAACCCCGAGAGGAAGAAGAGGAUGGAAGAAAUUUUAUGCUGUGCUUAAAGGGACCAUUCUUUAUUUGCAGAAGGAUGAAUAUAAACCCGACAAAGAUCUCUCUGAAGUGGAUCUGAAAAACGCCAUCCGAGUUCACCAUGCCUUAGCCACCAAAGCCUCUGACUACAGCAAAAAAUCCAACGUGCUCAAGCUGAAGACAGCCGACUGGAGAGUUUUUCUCUUCCAAGCUCCAAGCAAAGAAGAAAUGCUCUCCUGGAUACUGAGAAUAAACCUAGUGGCUGCCAUUUUCUCUGCCCCUGCCUUCCCGGCUGCCAUAUGCUCCAUGAAGAAAUUCUGCCGUCCCCUCUUGCCAUCCUCAAUGACUAAGCUGUGCCAGGAGGAACAGCUGAGGUCCCAUGAAAAUAAGAUGAGGCAGAUUGCAGACGAAUUAACAGAGCAUAAAUUACAUCCUGUAGAGAAAAGCCUCAAAUCAAAAGAGGCUGAAGAAUAUAGGCUGAAAGAGCAUUACCUAAUAUUCGAGAAGAACCGCUAUGAGACAUACAUUAACCUGCUGUGCGUGAAGAUAAAAGUCGGGACGGAUGAUCUGGAGAAAAUUGAAGCCAGCCUUUUCAUGGUGGAAGCCGAUGAUAUCUCCUUGCGGAAGACACAUUCAAGCCCUUCCCUGAGCCAAGGACACUUGUCUGUACACAGCAAGGUGGAAAAGGACGUUACAGAGCAGAACACUUAACAGGUAACGCUAGUGCGGGCGAAACCAAUCAGUGAGGCUUAGUACUUCAUGACUAGAUCGAUGAGCACAAUUAUAACUAGGAAACCAUAUGAACAAAACCGGUAGACGUACAAGACGUGGAUUCUGAUCCAGCGAAAGAAAUCAAAGAAGCUUUACACUUUCCUAAUUUUUCCCCAGUGCCCUGACAUUUCAGUGUCAUUGACUCUCUACUUUCUCUUCACAUCUGGACCCUCUUCAGUACUUCAUUUACUACUGCUCCCUGUGUGCAUACAAUAAAGGGACACAUUCUUUGUACAAGGGCUGGGCUGCUCAUUCUCCAGCAGCUCUCCUCUGCGUUUCCAGACUCCUGCAGUUUCUGGCAAUAUGGAGACAUGACCAGUUCUUGGAGUCCUAGAAUCUGUUCCUUUUUAACAACCAGCAGCAGGUCUGCAGCACCAGCAGCACUUACAACGAAACAGCAGGAAGCAACACAACAUCGAGGAGCAAAAUUCUCCAUAUUGCAAUAAUACAGGUUUGGCGGGAUAUUUACUGAGAAUCAAAAAGUGUUAUUACCAUGUGCGUGCAAAAAGUGAUCUGUGCAUGGCAAUAGUGGUAUCCCGGGCACUAUUGCUUGGUUUUUAUACAUAUAAAUAUAUAUAAAUAAAUAUAUAUAAGGAAACUUUUAAAUGGUUUUGAAACUGGAUGUCAAGAUCCAACACUGCGAAGGCAAGAUGGCUGGGAAGCAUCGUCAGGAAGGUGAUUAGAAAAUACAGGGGGCUUCAUAGCGUAGCAGAAUGUUUUUUAAAAGGCAGUCGCCUCUGUUUCUUUUUUGUUUUGCAAUGAAGUUCCAUAUGGUUUUGCUGUGACACAUUGCUCUACUGUUGCCGCUUAUUAAACUAAAUAGCUGAACCACUGCUUCUUUUGUGUCCAUAACUUCGGCCGCUUUGGAUGGAGGCCCCAUCUGAGCAGCAGUCCUGCAGAUACAAGCUUCGCUACGUGACUGGGGCAGGUGGGAAACCCAACUCCUGUCCAUCUGUAUUGUACUUAACUCCAUUUUGCUGAGCAUACUAUACGCUUUCAACGGGAUAUUGUGUUUUUGUUUCAUUCUGUUGUCUGUAGUCCAAUUAUUUGCUGUUGUAAUAGAAAUGAUUCCACUGCAUUUCAAAGGCCCAUGGCACUUUAUUUAUUUAUUUUCAUUUCGUUUUCUAGGCAUGUUCACAGUAACCAAGUUCUGGUUUUAAAGGAUCUUGUAGCUGCUAAUUACAGUAAUUUACAGUUUAUAUUUUUGCAGCUUUUUUUAAGGAAAAAAAGAGAUUUGUUUGGACUCUGGUCAACUUUUGAGAGUUUAUAGACUAUUGGGUUUCCAUAAUGUUUCUUACCACUUUAAAAGCCUCUGCCCAAUUUUACCUUUUCUUUUACCUCACCUCUUCUUUUGAUCUGUUUGUUCCUUUGUACAGCUUGAUAGUUUUUUUGAAAGGAUGCACUAAGAAUCAUGUCAA